UUAUUGCGCUCACUCGUCGCAGAAACAGAGAUUCCUCCCUGUCUAAACUGAAAAAUAAGAUCGCAUUAACUCAAAAGCUCUCGCACAAAGACAAAGAUCUUCUUCUCUCUCUCUCAGCUGAAAGGUAGUACAAUGGAGAACCCUCCAGAUCAAACAGAGUCAAAGGAGCUGAUGCCUGAACCCAGAAUCACAAGACCAAAGGGUGGAUUUUUCACUAUGCCCUUCAUCAUUGCAAACGAGGGGUUUGAGAAAGUGGCGAGCUAUGGAUUGUUACAGAACAUGAUUCUUUAUCUGAUGAGUGAUUACGGAUUAGGACUUGUGAAAGGACAAAACGUGUUGUUCAUGUGGGUCGCUGCUACUAACUUCAUGCCUCUCGUUGGAGCUUUUCUCUCAGAUUCUUAUUUGGGUCGCUUUCUCACCAUCUCCAUUGCUUCUCUCUCCAGUUUCCUGGGGAUGUUGGUUCUAUGGCUAACUGCUAUGUUACCACAAGUGAAGCCAUCACCGUGUGUAGCAUCUACAGUAACCAAGUGCAGUUCCACGGCAGCGAUAUCUUCUCAACUAGCUCUUUUGUAUUUUGCGUUUGCCCUUAUAUCGAUUGGAUCUGGCGGAAUCAGGCCGUGUUCUCUAGCCUUUGGUGCUGAUCAAUUGGACAACAAAGACAAUCCCAAGAACGAGAGGGUUCUUGAGAGUUUCUUUGGUUGGUACUACGCUUCCUCAUCGGUUGCUGUCUUGAUCGCUUUCACUGUCAUUGUUUACAUUCAAGAUCACUUGGGAUGGAGAAUAGGGUUUGGAAUACCAGCGAUUAUCAUGCUACUGGCGAGUAUCUUGUUUGUUUUGGCAUCUCCUCUCUAUGUUAAACGCAACGCGACCAAGAGUCUGUUCACUGGUUUAGCUCAAGCGGCUGUUGCAGCUUACGUGAACAGGAAGUUAGUAUUACCGGUUCAUAAUGACUCUUAUGGCGGUUAUUACCACCUGAACGAUUCUGAACUUAAAGCUCCAAGUGACAAAUUGAGGUUUCUGAAUAAAGCUUGUGUCACAAGAAACCGCGAGGAAGACAUUGGUGCUGAUGGUUUGGCCUUAAACCCAUGGAGACUCUGUACAACGGACCAAGUUGAGGAACUCAAGGCUUUGGUCAAGGUGAUACCGGUAUGGUCCACGGGGAUAAUGAUGUCUAUAAACGUCAGCCAGAACUCGUUCCAGCUGCUUCAAGCUAACUCAAUGGAUAGACGUUUGGGGGACCAUUCAACUUUCAAAAUCCCACCUGGUUCUUUUGGCAUGUUCACAAUCAUAGCCCUAAUUGCAUGGGUGGUUCUCUACGACCGUGCAAUCCUCCCAUUAGCUUCCAAGAUCCGUGGCAGACCUGUUAGAGUUAAUGUCAAGAUCAGAAUGGGGUUAGGUCUAUUCAUAUCCUUCCUAGCGAUGGCGGUUUCAGCAACUGUUGAGCAUUACAGAAGAAGAACCGCGAUAAGCCAAGGACUCGCGAACACCGCCAACGCGACAGUGAACAUCUCAGCGAUGUGGCUCGUACCACAGUAUGUACUGCACGGUUUGGCAGAGGCCUUAACCGGGAUAGGACAGACGGAGUUUUUCUAUACCGAGUUUCCUAAAAGCAUGUCGAGCAUCGCGGCUGCGUUGUUCGGUCUAGGAAUGGCAGUGGCUAAUAUCUUGGCUAGUGUGAUCCUCAAUGUGGUCAAGAACGGCUCAAAGAAGAAGAGUGGAGAGAGCUGGAUUGAAGAUAAUAUCAACAAGGGUCAUUAUGAUUAUUACUAUUGGGUUUUAGCGAUCUUGAGCUUCGUUAAUGUCAUAUAUUACGUGGUGUGUAGCUGGUCGUAUGGUCCCACGAUGGACCAGUUGAGGAAUGAUAAGGUUAGUGGUCUGAGAGGAGAAGAACAAGAAGAAGCUGUUAAAUUAAACUAA